CCCCUCUGCUACACCACGGCGGAGCAACAAGUCGCAACCGGUCCGCUGAAUUUCCCGUUGAACGGUGAUGAUCAGCUCUCGUGCCCUUGAGGAGCAGCAACUCUCGGGUUUUAUGAUCAUUUAUGAUGCUAAUUUGCGAUAAUCCGAUGUGAAUGUACUAGCGGACCUGAUGGAGAACCGCAUCAGCUGUGUUUGCUGUGAAAUGACGGACUGGAGAUCAGUUUGAAGACAAUGAUGACAGGGCUGAUUGAUCAGGGUGAUGAUAUGGGCCUGGUGACCCCGAUCGAGCUGACGGACCCUCAGAAAGACGAGGAGCCCCAGUGUCCUGCUCAUUUCAGGCAGAGCCUCAUGCUUCAGCUCAUUGAUGAUCUGUCAUAUGAAGAUGUGAAGAAAUGCUACAGAGGCUCAACCGUCAGCAAAUACAACUCUCAGUACCACAAACUGUUCUCCACCGUCCCGAAGGAGGAGAUCCUGAUGAAGGUGUAUUCUUGUGCUCUUCUGAGGGAUAUUCUUCUGCAAGGACGACUUUACAUUUCACGAAACUGGCUGUGCUUCUACGCAAACCUGUUCGGCAAAGACAUCAAGGUUGCCAUUCCGGUGGUUUCUGUGCGACUGGUGAAGAGUGAAUGGCAAGAAGAGUCUGAGUCUGAAGCAGUAUCUUGAGGAGCCCGGCUCUCUGUCCACGGAUGAGUUCCCGGUGAGCACAGACUUCACCCCGGUGCUGAAGUGGCGCAGGAAUCCCUCGGCUCCGUCUGUGUCUUCAUCACUGCCUGACCUGCUGGGAAACUCCAGCAGCAGCCUGAGUGCAGGAGACACAGCGUACACUGCAGAGACACCACUGGAAGAGCGGCGUCUGGAGGCUGAAAAGAUCCUGCUGUCUGAACCGGGAGCAGAGCUGGGACACAUGGAGUAUCACCUGCUGAAGCUCUUCAUUCUGCUGUGAGCAUCUGUUCAUGAGCUUUACCUGAUCGCACAUGCUUUCCUUUUAGAAGCUAAAGGUUUUGAGUGCUGCUUGCUCUCAAACCAUGAAGGUUUUGACCUCGGAGUGAGACAGAAAUGCGUUUAUUGUGUUGUAGUGUCGCCCUCUGCUGGUGAUUCAGCCGAAUGACAGGCUAGCUACAGUGUGAAAGAAAGGUUUAGUUAAAUGUAGUCAGGUUUUAAGAAUAUUUUAGGGCUGGGCAAAGAUUAAUCACAUCCAAAUUAAAAGUGUGUUUUGACAUAA